AUGAAUGGUGAUAUUUAACCAUUAAUUCCCUAACUCUUUAUCAUCUAUCCAUACAGCACACGUAGUGUAUCUUCAUCUGUGUUCUCUAGCAUUAUCUAGCGUUCUGUCUUGCGCGGUCCUCUGUAGCUCAAUUGGUAGAGCACGUCGCUUGUAACGCCAGGGUAGUGGGUUCGAUCCCCGGGACCACCCAUACGUAAAAAUGUAUGCGCACAUGACUGUAAGUCGCUUUGGAUAAAAGCGUCUGCUAAAUGGCAUAUUAUUAUUAUAUUAUUGAUUUUCCCUAGGAAGGGCUCACUAUGAAUGCUCUAAGUAUUACUAUGAAUGCUCUGUAUUACUCAACCUUGCUGCCCUGAGUUGGAUUAUUUCCCCAGUGUUUAUUACAGUAUUACACUUCUCACUCACACACACACACACACACGCGCGCGCAGAGAAGCAUACACUAUGUGGACACCCCUUCAAAUUAGUGGAUUUGGCUAUUUCAGCCGUUGCUGACAAGUGUAUAAAAUGGAGCACACCGCCAUGCAAUCUCCAUAGACAAACAUUGGAAGUUGAAUGGCCCCUUCUGAAGAGCUCAGUGACUUUCAACAUGGCACCAUCAUAGGAUGCCACCUUUCCAACAAGUCAGUUUGUCAAAAUAAAGCUGCCCCGGUCAACUCUAAGUGCUGUUAUUGUGAAGUGGAAACAUCUAUGAGCAACAACAUCUAGGAGCAACACUCACUACCAAGUUCGAAACUGCUGCUGGAAGCCACGUCAACUCAAGAACUGUUCGUCGGGAGCUUCAUGAAACGGCUUUACCAUGGCCGAGCAGCUGCACACAAGCCUAAGAUCACCAUGCGCAAUGCCAAGCGUCGGCUGGAGUGGUAUAAAGCUCGCCGCCUUUGGACUCUGGAGCAGUGGAAACACGUUCUCUGGAGUGAUGAAUCACACUUCACCAUCUGGCAGUCCGACACAUGGAUCUGGGUUUGGUGGAAUGCCAGGAGAACGCUACCUGCCCGAAUGCAUAGUGCCAACUGUAAAUUUUGGUGGAGGAGGAAAAAUGGUCUGGGGCUGUUUUUCAUGGUUCGGGCUGUUUCAACAUCUAGUGGAAAGUCUUCCCAGAAGAGUGGAGACUGUUAUAGCAGCAAAGGGGGGACCAACUCCAUAUUAAUGCCCAUAAUUUUGGAAUGAGAUGUUCGACGAGCAGGUGUCCACAUACAUUUGGCCAUGUAGUGUAUUACACACAUACAUACACACACACAUACAGAGAUACAUAGACACACACACAAAUGAACACAUACAGCAUUAGUAAUGUAUAUCCCCAUGCGAUCUGGCUCGGUCUAGUCAGUCUGUUGGCCCUAUAACAGAGAUGGAUGCCUGGUGCCUAUUCUGAGCUCUCUCUUCUCCCUCUAUCCCUCUCUGUGAUGUAGAAAGCUACUGAGGGAGCACCAGUUAGAGGUGGUGACCAAAGCUGCCAAGCAGGAGGAGCUGGAGAGGCUGCGGAGGCUGGAACAGCAGAGGAAGGAAGGGCACUUCCCUGUGCCCCUGCUACCCGAGUACACACCAGGUGAGGAUAUACACAAACACACACGUAAUUGAUAGCUGGAGUGUCUAAUCAGAAAUAUUUUUGUCUUGAAAUACUAUUCUCUUGAAAUAUAAUAUUAUCUUAGGAUCAUUAUAGAAGAUACAAGGCCUGGCAUUUGAUAAAGUACGACUAGAAUGUAUACAGUGGGGAGAACAAGUAUUUGAUACACUGCCGAUUUUGCAGGUUUUCCUACUUACAAAGCAUGUAGAGGUCUGUAAAAUCCAGAAAAUCACAUUGUAUGAUUUUUAAGUAAUUAAUUUGCAUUUUAUUGCAUGACAUAAGUAUUUGAUCGCCUACCAACCAGUAAGAAUUCCAACUCUCACAGACCUGUUAGUUUUUCUUUAAGAACCCUCCUGUUCUCCACUCAUUACCUGUAUUAACUGCACCUGCUUGAACUCGUUACCUGUAUAAAAGACACCUGUCCACACACUCAAUCAAACAGACUCCAACCUCUCCACAAUGGCCAAGACCAGAGAGCUGUGUAAGGACAUCAGGGAUAAAAUUGUAGACCUGCACAAGGCUGGGAUGGGCUACAGGACAAUAGGCAAGCAGCUUGGUGAGAAGGAAACAACUGUUGGCGCAAUUAUUAGAAAAUGGAAGAAGUUCAAGAUGACGGUCAAUCACCCUCGGUCUGGGGCUCCAUGCAAGAUCUCACCUCGUGGGGCAUCAAUGAUCAUGAGGAAGGUGAGGGAUCAGCCCAGAACUACACGGCAGGACCUGGUCAAUGACCUGAAGAGAGCUGGGACCACAGUCUCAAAGAAAACCAUUAGUAACACACUACGCCGUCAUGGAUUAAAAUCCUGCAGCGCACGCAAGGUCCCCCUGCUCAAGCCAGCGCAUGUCCAGGCCCGUCUGAAGUUUGCCAAUGACCAUCUGGAUGAUCCAGAGGAGGAAUGGGAGAAGGUCAUGUGGUCUGAUGAGACAAAAAUAGAGCUUUUUGGUCUAAACUCCACUCGCUGUGUUUGGAGGAAGAAGAAGGAUGAGUACAACCCCAAGAACACCAUCCCAACCGUGAAGCAUGGAGGUGGAAACAUCAUUCUUUGAGGAUGCUUUUCUGCAAAGGGGACAGGACGACUGCACCGUAUUGAGGGGAGGAUGGAUGGGGCCAUGUAUCGCGAGAUCUUGGCCAACAACCUCCUUCCCUCAGUAAGAGCAUUGAAGAUGGGUCCUGGCUGGGUCUUCCAGCAUGACAACGACCCGAAACACACAGCCAGGGCAACAAAGUAGUGGCUCCGUAAGAAGCAUCUCAAGGUCCUGGAGUGGCCUAGCCAGUCUCCAGACCUGAACCCAAUAGAAAAUCUUUGGAGGGAGCUGAAAGUACGUAUUGCCCAGCGACAGCCCCGAAACCUGAAGGAUCUGGAGAAGGUCUGUAUGGAGGAGUGGGCCAAAAUCCCUGCUGCAGUGUGUGCAAACCUGGUCAAGACCUACAGGAAACAUAUGAUCUCUGUAAUUGCAAACAAAGGUUUCUGUACCAAAUAUUAAGUUCAGAUUUUCUGAUGUAUCAAAUACUUAUGUCAUGCAAUAAAAUGCAAAUGAAUUACUUAAAAAUCAUACAAUGUGAUUUUCUGGAUUUUUGUUUUAGAUUCCGUCUCUCACAGUUGAAGUGUACCUAUGAUAAAAAUUACAGACCUCUACAUGCUUUGUAAGUAGGAAAACCUGCAAAAUCGGCAGUGUAUCAAAUACUUGUUCUCCCCACUGUAUAUAAAUGCCUGGAUUACUUUAAUUUCGGCGAAUCUCUUAUACAAUGGGUUAAAGUUAUGUACAGCAACCCCAGGUGUAAAAUAGUAAAUAAUGGUUACUUCUCAAAGUAUUGAGCUUUUAAGAGGAGUAAAACAAGGCUGUCGUUUGUCUCCAUAUCUAUUUAUUAUGGCCAUUGAAAUGUUAGCUAUUAAAAUUAGAUCCAACAAGAACAUCAAGAGGUUAGAAAUCCAGGGGAUAAAAACAAACGUGUCAAUGUAUGCCGAUGACUCAAGUUCUUUUCUUAAGUCCGCAAUCUGGAUCCCUGCACAGUCUCAUUGAAGACCUUGAUCACUUUUCUUGCCUCUCUGGACUAAAACCUAAUUAUGACAAGUGUGCCAUAUUACAUAUUGGGUCGUUAAAAGACAGUGUUUACACUACCUUGUAGUUUACCAAUAAAAUGGGCGGAUGGUGAAGUUGACAUACUUGUUAUUCAUAUCUCAAAAAAUAUAAAUGAAUUUACCGCAAUCAAUUUCAAUAGAAAGUUUGCAAAAAAUAGAUAAGAUUCUGCAACCAUGGAGAGGAAAUACUUGUCUAUUUAUGGCAAAAUCACAUUGAUUAACUCUUUGGUCCUAUCACAGUUUACUUGCUUACUAAUGGCGCUGCCUACUCCAGACAACUAGUUUUUUUUAAAUCAUAUGAGCAAAAAAUAUUUCAUUUUAUUUGGAAUGCUAAGCCAGACAAAAUUAAAUGUGCCUAUUUAUAUAAUGAAUAUGAGUUUGAGGGGCUAAAAUUAUUAAAUAUUAAAGCAGGUCUCUUAUUAAAUAAAAUCGUCACUCAUACAUCAAUUAUACUUAAACCCAUAAUGGUUCUCCAGUAGAUUAUUAAGAAAGGCUCAUCCUUUGUUUAUAAAUGGCCUUUCUGCCUUUAUACAGAUUACAACUUCUCAUUUCCGACUAAUUGAAAAUACGAUUUUGCUUAAAGUAUGGCCCUUUCUUAAACAAGCCAUACAAAGCUGGUUACAAUUUCACUUUUAUCCUCCAGAAAAGAAAUAAUAAAUAUUACAACAAAUAUUAUAGUUAAACUAAAAUAUACGCCUUAAUUAAAAAAUAUAUAUUUAUGGAAAAAAUGUUUUAUUAUAUUUAUUAAUGAUAUUAUGAAUAGAAACGGUGGAGUUAUGUCACAUAUGCAGCUAUCGAAAAUAUAUGGGAAUGUCUGCUCAAUCCAAAUUUAUAACCAACUGAUUGCAGCAUUAGGCAAGUGUAAAAGGGAGAAGGUAGGGAACUUGUUUGUCUGCCAUAUAUUAAAGAUACAAAUUGGGUGAAAAGAAUGGGCAUAAAUAGAAAACUAUACCAGUUUCAUUUGAGGACAAAAAUGUUGACAGCUGCGCCAGACAGGUUGCAAAAUAAAUGUGAAGAGAUUUUCGAUGUACCGAUUCCAUGGCACAUGGUUUAUGAACUGAUACAAAAAACAACACUUGAUUCAACACUUGAAGUUUUUCAAUUUUUCAAAUUAUUAUACAAAAUUCUUGCCACCAACAGAAUGCUAUAUAUAUUGGGCAUACAACAAUCUCAGCUCUGUAAAUUUUGCUGCGAAGAGACAGACUCACUAGAUCAUUUAUUCUGGUAUUGCCGCUAUGUAGCUUGUUUCUGGUCACAGGUUCAGGAAUGGUUAAAAAAAUCACAACAUUCACUUAAAAUGUACCUUACAAAUAGCAGUGUUGGGUGAUUUGGAAAGACAUAGUCAAUAAAUAAUAUAAUAAUACUUGUAGGAAAGGUUUUCAUCUUUAGCUCACAAUCUGUGGAUACUAUACGAUUAGAAAGGUUCAAAAUGUAUGUAAAACAUCACAGUACAAUUGAAAAAUACACUACCAGUCAAAGGUUUGGACACACCUACUCGUUCAAGGGUUUUUCUUUAUUUUUACAAUUUUUUAUAUUGUAGAAUAAUAGUGAAGACAUCAGAACUAUGAAAUAACACAUAUGGAAUCAUGUAGUAAACAAAAAAGUGUUAAACAAAUCAAAAUAUAUUUUGUAUUUGAGAUUCUUCAAAUAGCUACCCUUUGCCUUGAUGACAGCUUUGCACACUCUUGGCAUUCUCUCAACCAGCUUCACCUGGAAUGCUUUUCCAAAAGUCUUGAAGUUCCCACAUAUGCUGACCACUUGUUGGCUGCUUUUCCUUCACACUGCGGUCCGACUCAUCCCAAACCAUCUCAAUUGGGUUGAGGUCGGGGGAUUGUGGAGGCCAGGUCAUCUGAUGCAGCACUCCAUCACUCUCCUUAUUGGUCAAAUAGCCCUUACACAGCCUGGAGGUGUGUUGGGUCAUUGUACUGUUGAAAAACAAAUGAUAGUCCCACUAAGCCCAAACCAGAUGGGAUGGCGUAUCGCUGCAGAAUGCUGUGGUAGCCAUGCUGGUUAAGUGUGCCUUGAAUUCUAAAUCAAUCACAGACAGUGUCACCAGCAAAGCACCCCCACACCAUAGCACCUCCAUGCUUUACGGUGGUAACCACACAUGCGGAGAUCAUCCGUUCACCCACACCGCGUCUCACAAAGACACGGCGGUUGGAACCAAAAAUCUCCAAUUUGUACUCCAGACCAAAGGACACAUUUCCACCGGUCUAAUGUCUAUUGCUCGUGUUUCUUGGACCAAGCAGGUCUCUUCUUCUUAUUGGUGUCCUUUAGUAGUGGUUUCUUCGCAGCAAUUCGACCAUGAAGGCCUGAUUCACACAGUCCCCUCUGAACAGUUGAUGUUGAGUUACUUGAACUCUGAAGCGUUUAUUUGGGAAGCAAUUUCUGAGGCUGGUAACUCUAAUGAACUUAUCUUCUGCAGCAGAGGUAACUAUGGGUCUUCCAUUCCUGUGGCGGUCCUCAUGAGAGCCAGUUUCAUCAUAGCGAUUUAUGGUUUUUGUGACUGCACUUGAAGAAACUUUCAAAGUUCUUGACAUUUUCCGUAUUGACUGACCUUCAUGUCUUAAAGUAAUGAUGGACUGUCGUUUCUCUUUGCUUAUUUGAGUUGUUCUUGCCAUAAUAUGGACUUUUACCAAAUAGGGCUAUCUUCUGUGUCCAAACUUUUGACUGGUAGUGUAUAUGGCACAUGGAAACCAAACGAGGGUGGUCUAUGGUUAUAGGUGGGAUGGGCUGAGAGUGGCUGAGGGGUGGGAUUAAAGACCUUAUGUUCAGUAAUGUAUAAUUGUUAUGUGAUUGCUGUAUAUAAAAGUACAAUGUAUAUGUAAAAUGUAUUUGUGGCAGAAAAGCUGUAAAAAUAAAUGUAUGUAUGUAUAUGUGUAUAUACACUGCUCAAAAAAAUAAAGGGAACACUAAAAUAACACAUCCUAGAUCUGAAUGAAUAAAAUAAUCUUAUUAAAUACUUUUUUCUUUACAUAGUUGAAUGUGCUGACAACAAAAUCAAACAAAAAUGAUCAAUGGAAAUCAAAUUUAUAAACCUAUGGAGGUCUGGAUUUGGAGUCGCACUCAAAAUUAAAGUGGAAAACCACACUACAGGCUGAUCCAACUUUGAUGUAAUGUCCUUAAAACAAGUCAAAAUGAGGCUCAGUAGUGUGUGUGGCCUCCACGUGCCUGUAUGACCUCCCUACAACGCCUAGGCAUGCUCCUGAUGAGGUGGCGGAUGGUCUCCUGAGGGAUCUCCUCCCAGACCUGGACUAAAGCAUCCGCCAACUCCUGGACGGUCUGUGGUGCAACGUGGCAUUGGUGGAUGGAGCAAGACAUGAUGUCCCAGAUGUGCUCAAUUGGAUUCAGGUCUGGGGAACGGGCGGGCCAGUCCAUAGUAUCAAUGCCUUCCUCUUGCAGGAACUGCUGACACACUCCAGCCACAUGAGGUCUAGCAUUGUCUUGCAUUAGGAGGAACCCAGGGCCAACCGCACCAGCAUAUGGUCUCACAAGGGGUCUGAGGAUCUCAUCUCUGUACCUAAUGGCAGUCAGGCUACCUCUGGCGAGCACAUGGAGGGCUGUGCGGCCCCCCAAAGAAAUGCCACCCCACACCAUGACUGACCCACCGCCAAACCGGUCAUGCUGGAGGAUGUUGCAGGCAGCAGAACGUUCUCCACGGCGUCUCCAGACUCUGUCACGUCUGUCACGUGCUCAGUGUGAACCUGCUUUCAUCUGUGAAGAGCACAGGGCGCCAGUGGCGAAUUUGCCAAUCUUGGUGUUCUCUGGCAAAUGCCAAACGUCCUGCACGGUGUUGGCCUGUAAGCACAACCCCCACCUGUGGACGUCGGGCCCUCAUACCACCCUCGUGGAGUCUGUUUCUGACCGUUUGAGCAGACACAUGCACAUUUGUGGCCUGCUGGAGGUCAUUUUGCAGGGCUCUGGCAGUGCUCCUCCUGCUCCUCCUUGCACAAAGGCGGAGGUAGCGGUCCUGCUGCUGGGUUGUUGCCCUCCUACGGCCUCCUCCACGUCUCCUGAUGUACUGGCCUGUCUCCUGGUAGCGCCUCCAUGCUCUGGACACUACGCUGACAGACACAGCAAACCUUCUUGCCACAGCUCGCAUUGAUGUGCCAUCCUGGAUGAGCUGCACUACCUGAGCCACUUGUGUGGGUUGUAGACUCCGUCUCAUGCUACCACUAGAGUGAAAACACCGCCAGCAUUCAAAAGUGACCAAAACAUCAGCCAGGAAGCAUAGGAACUGAGAAGUGGUCUGUGGUCACCACCUGCAGAACCACUCCUUUAUUGGGGGUGUCUUGCUAAUUGCCUAUAAUUUCCACCUGUUGUCUAUUCCAUUUGCACAACAGCAUGUGAAAUGUAUUGUCAAUCAGUGUUGCUUCCUAAGUGGACAGUUUGAUUUCACAGAAGUGUGAUUGACUUGGAGUUACAUUGUGUUGUUUAAGUGUUCCCUUAAUUCUUUUGAGCAGUGUGUGUGUAUAUAUAUAUAUAUGUGUGUGUCCUCCGAAGAGGGGGUUGGUGGAUGGGUUAAUACAUUUAAGAAAUCACACACCAAAAAAUAUAUCAUAAUAGAAUGAAUUCACUCGUUGAUACUUAAUACACUCAGGUGAUUAACUACUGCGUCUCUCCCUCUGUCCCCUCCAGGAGAUCUGUCUCAGAGUGUGUCUGCUAGUGUGGCCAAACAGGACCAUGUGAUCUGCCUGGACACCAGUAACAGCAGCACUAACAUCAGAGAAGAUGACUCCAAAGCUCUGGUCCCAGAAGCACACGCCCCCAAAGAAGGUGAGACUCCAGUCACUAUGAGACGCUGUUUAGUAUCCCUCAUCAAGCUAGAGAAGCCCCAGGGUCUGUCACACAUUACAUAUUAUUAUACAUUAUAUUACACAUGUUAACUGAGACUGAUUGUGGUCCUCCUGUGCUGAUCUAGGAUCAGGUCCCCUGUCCAUUUUAUCUUAUUCAUUAUGAUCUAAAAGGCCAAAAUGAUCCUAGAUCAGAACUCCUACGCUUUUAAUACCUGCCCUGGUUGUGCAAUACUGAGGAACUCUGCUCCAGUCAUUCUUAGAUGUCCAUCAACAACAUUCGGCCAGUGAUCUUUAUGAAUUUGGCAUGUUAUCAGAUGACUCUGAGAGACUCCCUUAGAAUAGCCAAGUCACACUGUAGUUAAUAGAACAUAAAAAUAUUUCUAUUGAAAUCAAGGGUCCCACACCAAACAUGGAUCCUGAACCACUGAUGGAUUUAGAACGUCAAGACUGCCAUGCUUUAUAUGCUUGGUGAUGUUAUGACCUAUUUCUCUGUUCCAAUGUCAGUCUCAUAUUACCUUUGAACACCAGGUGUUGUAAAUGGGAUCAAAUGUGGGUCAGAUACUUACUGUAGGUCAAGUAAGGGGAAUGGUCUCGCUGCAGUGUACUUUAUGAAAGUAUUUCAUGAAAAGUUAUCCAAAUUACAUCAUGGGGUACGUACGGACUGGGGUGUGCUGUAUAGGGCUGUUGCGGUGAACGUAUUACCACCACACCGGCGGUCACGAGUCAUGAAGGCAGUCAAAUUCCACUUUUUUUUACAUUUUAGUCAUUUUAGCAGACGCUCUUAUCCAGAGCGACUUAGUUAGUGAGUGCAUACAUUUUCAUACUGGCCCCCCGUGGGAAACGAACCCACAACCCUGGCGUUGCAAGCGCCAUGCUCUACCAACUGAGCUACAGUUUAGUCACGGUAAUUAGGCUUCUCCACACUCUGAUGCUGCUGCUGGUCAUUAGUAGCCUACCAAACUUGCUAACUGCCUGGUACUCAGUGCUCUAUUGUCCCUCUAAUCACUCUGACAUCAGUGCAAAUGUAUUCGAAAAUCUAAUCAAACACUUAAUGAGAGCCCAUGAGCUCAUGUUGCGCAACAUUUCUAUAGGCUAUGGAAUUGCGGGAGAAAACAGAGUGAUGGCGGCUAAUAAAAAGAAGAGGAUCCCAUCAGCUUUCUAUAGGCUAGGCCUACUAUAUUUAUUUCUCAACUUUCCUAAUAUUAAACACAUUGCUUAUAUUUACAACAGGAGUAUAGCCUACCUGGCUGGCAUGAAAAUAAACCACGGGGAAAAGUGUCCUCCAUUCGCUAUUUAAGUGCGUAGAUAACAUGUAUUUUUUCCACUGUCCCUGUUUCAAUACAGUUGCAUAAUAAUGGUCCAUUCUAAAUCAAAACAAAUGUCACACAUAUAUUAUUUUGUGUAAAGACAAGAUUAAAUCAAGAAUAGUCUGAUGGGUGACAGUAUUAGCCUAUCACUUGUGAAUUAUAUAUUAUCACUUGUGAAUGAUGCCCAGCAUAAGAAACAAUGCCUUUUUUUUGCGACUUGUUCGAAUCAUAGUCGCACACCUCAUGUAGCCUAGCCCAUAGGCCUAUAUGUUUUAAUAAGGUUUGUAUCACAACUAAAGUGGCCAAAUAACGUCUUAAAAUUAAGCACAUGAAUCUGCCUUAAAAGGGGUGUAGGGCCUAACUGGCAUAUAUAAGCAGCACGUGAGUUUCAAGUUUGGGGAAGAUAAUUUUCACCAUAAAAAUACACCUUUAUAAUAAAAGCAUUACAUGCAUAAUUGCAUUUGCGGUCACUUUAGAUAAUGGUGUUUUCCUCUAAUGGAACAUUCGCGCUUAUAGCCUACUACCAUGUGCGCAUUGCAGCGCUUAUAAUGUGAAGAAAUAGCCUAAUAGUGUAUCAGCAUUUUAAGCUAAACGUUCUGAUCUGUUGCGUCAGCCACAUUGCAUAAAACAUGUUUUUUGAUGCUAGUGGUUGUAUUAAUUUGGUAUCUAUCGCAUCCCACAACUGUCCCAGACUAUGUUUUGAAUAUGUAUUUCUCGCACAGAAUAGAAUAGAUCGACUUUUGUACUAUGGGGGAUAAUAGAUUGACAUAGGCUAGUGCUUUUGCUGUUCGUUAGGCGCAGUUACGUCCCGGAUAUGUCUGUAGCCAUUAAACCCCUACAACUCAUCCAGAAUGCCGCAGCCCGUCUGGUGUUCAACCUUCCCAAGUUCUCUCACGUCACCCCGCUCCUCCGCACACUCCACUGGCUUCCAGUUGAAGCUCGCAUCUGUUACAAGACCAUGGUGCUUGCCUAUGGAGCUGUGAGGGGAUCGGCACCUCUGUACCUUCAGGCUCUGAUCAGUCCCUACAUCCAAACGAGGGCAUUGCGUUCAUCCACCUCUGGCCUGCUGGCUCCCCUUCCUCUGCGGAAGCAUAGUUCCCGCUCAGCCCAGUCAAAACUGUUCGCUGCUCUGGCACCCCAAUGGUGGAACAAGCUCCCUCACGACGCCAGGACAGCGGAGUCACUCACCACCUUCCGGAGACAUUUGAAACCCCACCUCUUUAAGGAAUACCUGGGAUAGGAUAAAGUAAUCCUUCUACCCCCCUCCCCCUUAAAAAAAGAAAAAAAAAAGAAGAUAUUGUAAAGUGGUUAUCCCACUGGCUAUAGGGUGAAUGCACCUAUUUGUAAGUCGCUUUGGAUAAGAGCGUCUGCUAAAUGACGUAAAUGUAAAUGUAAUGUAAAUGUAGCCUGUGAGAAAGACCCGAUCACGUGACAGAGCUGUGUGAGUGAGAGAGGCUUUGGAUUGCGCAGCACACUCAGGGAGAAGGGCACAACGCAGCACUCAUGGCCACAAAAGGCAUGGAUUUUUUUUUAGGGUGCAUUACGGCCACAAAGGGGAUGCCGCGGUGAAAUUCAAGGCAUUAUCAAGUGCUUGUCAAAUUGUGAAUGAGAGACUAUUGGAGUGUGUACAGCCUGUGCAAAAAACUAAGCAGAGCUCAUGCCUUUCAAGCGACUUUUUUCAAAUUAUCAUUAGUCUCAUCAUGCAGCCUUACAAUGUAUUAAAAAUCAAAACAUAUAGCCCAACGUUUGUAGAACAACUACAGUUACAUUAAUAACUCUAAAUUAAGCAUAUAGGGGUACCUAUUUCUUUGUUAACCGCUCAACACAGAAUAGCCGCAUGUGUGCACUCCCUCAAAUCGUUUGGAGAAAAUAUUUAUAUUUUAUUCAGCUUUGUUCAAUUGUAUUCUUCAUACUAUAAAAUAAUGCCACGGAGUUAUAAGCAAAUCUUGUCUGCUAAAUGAACUAGUGUAGCCCACAGCCAUUUGGCAUAGCCACAUCAGGACCUAACGUAAGGACAACUCAGAGUAUGCUAUUCUGUCCUUCUGAAAUAGACUACAUUUUCAUCAUAUUAUGCUUCUUCAGACCUGUCUAAAAUAAAUAAUGGAUUCAUUGUGAAGGUUUAGACUAUAUUACAUGGAUUUAUUAGACUUUUUUAAAUGUCUUGUAGGCUAUGUGUGGAAGCCAGGAGAUGCUAAAUGUGUUUAUGUUAAUUAACGGUCAAUUGCCGUGAGACUGGCAGUUAUUUGCUUGACAAUCACCGGCUGACGAAAUUUCGUGACCUCCACAGCCCUUGUGCUGUACCCGACUGGCUCUGAGCAGUUGUCUGAGCUAGAUCAGCUGUGCUAGAGCAGGAGAGUGGCUACAGUAUAGAACUAAGCUCUGGUGGGUACAUCAUGUGUUUUUCCUCCACUGGUCAUGACUCCCACAAACACACACACACACACACACACAAACAAACUCUCUCUGUGUGUGUCACUUACUCACACACACACACACACACACGUAUGCACCCAUACGCGCGUGCGCACACACUCUCAUUUAUUCACACAUACACACACCUGUCUGUUUGUGGGCAUAGAUCCACACUGAACAGAUCCAUUCCCAGUUAAACCCCCUUCCAACCCACCUGGCGUUUUUGGGUCCUGGGUGAGAGGGUAGGCAAUUAAGGCGACAAUGUCUGGAAUGGAAGUGGGUCUAUGGAGAAAAUGGCUGGUUAAUGCCAGCCCCAGCCUCAGCCAGCUUCCAGCCUAGGCAGUGUGGUGACAUUUCUGCCCAGGGUUAUGUAAACCCAUCUCCCACCACUAUAAUCCAUCUUGCAUAAGCACCCAUUCACUAGACUUACAUAAGCCCGCUCUCUAUCGCCCUCUCCUCCCCUCCUCCCCUCCUCUAGGCCACAUCUGUAGUUCAAAAAACGGCACAAGUUUAUUGAACUUAUCACUUAAUUUAGAUGACGUGGGGACCCAUUUAGAUGUUUUUUUGCUAUUUGAAACCAGUCCAGGGAGGAACUUUUUUGAAGAUUUGUUUGCCUGAAGAUACUAAGACAAACAUGACGCCAGAAAAAAAUUACAUUCAUUUUAUAGAAUUUGUGAAAACACAUGUCCUCAUUUAGAGAUAAAUUGUGUUAUUGAAACACUUAUUAUUGAGUUAUUGAAACUAAUGAAAUGUAUGAUAUUGUAUUUGUUUAGGCAAUAUUGUGUAACAUAAUGGUAGAAAAUGAUUGUUUUGAUCAACAGGCAGCCACACAAUGCAAUUGAAACAUAUUGGUAUUACGUAGAUAUAUUAAAUGUUUCUCCAUUUCCAUCUACAUCCAUCUAGCUCUUCUAACAUAAACACCUUGUCCUCCUUUCCUUUUUCCUUUCUCAACCAUAGACGUGAUCGAGCUGAGCUCAGGCGAGGAGGACGCCCUCCAGAUCAGAGGCAAGUCCACCAAUGAGGAGGAGGAGGAGCGGUCGGAGGAGGCCAGCGGCGCCCACGUCAACGACGCUGUGAACCAACCGGACGCCCUGGGGCGUGUCUUGGUCAACCUGAACCACCCUGCUGAGGAGGCAGACCUGUUCCUCUCCCCUCAACUGGCCCGGGCCGUCAAACCUCACCAGGUAUGGAUUCCCUCAGUAGAAUAUCAAGUAGGCUUGGGCGGUAUAUACCGUAUACCGGGGUAUUUAGAAAUAGCCACGGGAUGGUUUUUCCAAUACCGUUGAAACUAUUUUUUUUGACGUUUUUCCAAUACAUUUUAAUAUUUGUAACAAUUUUGUAAGUAAAUACCUGCAGUCAACUUGUGCAAUGAGUUAGGGGAUGAAGCAUAUCGCGUUCUUAUUUCACCUGUCACAUUAUUGUACAACGGGGGAAAGCAGGGGCAGGUGUGUCCAGCUGUGUAUUGACAGGGGUCACGUUUUAUAUUGAGUCAACAGUGUUUUUUUGCUUCAAUAGAGUGACCAGGGAUGUGCAACUAUAGUUUUCCUUCACAGAAAAUACAUUAGUGCAACACAUUCAGCAUUAAAUAGCUUAAUUUUGAUUAGAUGACAACAGAAGUGCAACGCUAUUUGGCUGGCAACCACACAAGUAAAUUAGCUUAAAAUGAAUAAGCAAAGUAUUUUUUGCAAAAACUAUGCAUGGCCAUCAUAUUUCUAAUGUUUAGGGCUAUCAUAUAAAAAAUUUUGCCAGCUACAUUUCCUAAUGUUUUGCUUAAAGUUAAUCUUUCAUUUUACUGGAGAAAAGUUUGCUGGCUACACCGAGAGAAGUACCGGAGAAAAGUAGCUACAUCAGUCAGAGGGCUGUCAGCUGAUAGAACGCAUACAACGGUCGCCAGGUGUACGGUGUUUCCUCCGACACAUUGGUGCGGCUGGCUUCCGGGUUAAGCGGGCAGUGUGUCAAGAAGCAGUGCGGCUUGGCAGGGUCGUGUUUCGGAGGACGCAUGGCUCUCGACCUUCGCCUCUCCCGAGUCCGUACGGGAGUUGCAGCGAUGGGACAAGACUGUAACUACCAAUUGUAUAUCAUGAAAAAGGGGUAAAAAGUGUACAAGAAAUAAAGACAUGCUGCUGGAGAGCCAGUACUGCAUGUGUCAAAACUUUGUUCAUUUGCACAAUGUCUCUCUUUCACAUUUGUUUGUAAAUUUCCAAACUCACCAAAAAUGACAUUCGGUAGCUCCUACCUAUAUAUGCAUAACUUUAUGAGCUGGAUUGCCUGUCUUUGCAAUUUGUUUAUUUUCAUUUGCGCUCGUUAGCAUAUUUAGCUACCAGCCUCCAUGGAAAUGUGCUAUUACUUGUGCAAAUUUUAUUACCAUCAUGAUAAUAGACUCCCAAUGGGCUUUUUUGUGUUUUUUGGCACCCCCUUGUAUACUAAGCCGGUAAUACCGUAAAUCCCAGGGUGAGAAAAGGACGGUAUGACGAUAUGAAAGUCGGGAUACCGCCCAGCCCUAAUAUCAAGCCUAUCAAACAGUUUUCUCUUCAUACGUAAUCAAUCUACCAACCAUGAGUUAAACAUUUUACAUUACAUUUUUUACAUUUUAGUCAUUUAGCAGACGCUCUUAUCCAGAGCGACUUACAGGAGCAAUUAGGGUUAAGUGCCUUGCUCUAGGGCACAUCAACAGAUUUUUCACCUAGUCGGCUCAGGGAUUAGAACCAGCGACUUCGGUUACUGGCACAACGCUCUUAACCACUAAGCUACCUGCCGCCCCUCACCAGGUACCACUGACUCAAUAGGGACAUGGAUUCUCUUGUUAGCACAGGCAGCCUAGCAGUUAAUAUAGGGCCAGUUUCCCAGAUCCGUAUUAAGCCUAAAAAGCACUUUAAAUUAAGAUUUUCUGUCUCUGCCAAACCCCAUAGAGCCCAUGGAGACAGCCAUGGUAUACAAUGCAGUCAAACAAAUAUAACAAUUAACAGCCUUAUCAAUCUGCUAAGGAUCUCACUACUUCUGUCUCUCUCUCCCUCCCUUCCUCAUUUCUUUUCUCUUCCUUUUCUCCCCCUCUCCAUCUCUGUCAGAUCGGUGGGAUCCGGUUCCUGUAUGAUAACCUGGUGGAGUCUCUGGAGAGGUUUAAGCGCAGCAGUGGCUUCGGCUGUAUCCUUGCCCACAGCAUGGGCCUGGGCAAGACCCUGCAGGUCAUCUCCUUUAUAGACAUCCUGCUUAAACACACGCAGGCCCACACCGUGCUCGCCAUCGUUCCUGUAAGUGUCUGUGUGUACUCUGUUCUCUCUUUAUAAUAAUAAUAUAAUAAUAAUAAUAAUAAUAAUAUGCCAUUUAGCAGACGCUUUUAUCCAAAGCGACUUACAGUCAUGUGUGCAUACAUUUUUACGUAUGGGUGGUCCCGGGGAUCGAACCCACUACCCUGGCGUUACAAGCGCCAUGCUCUACCAAUUGAGCUACAUUCUCUAUUCUGUUUGUACAUACUGGACGUGUACAUACUGGACGUAACGCAAUGGGGGUGUGUGAAUCUAGCUUGUAAUCUCUUGACUGAGGUAAUUUACUUUCUCUCUCUCUCUCUCUACCUCUACCUGUCUCUCUACCCCUCUCUCGCUUUCUCUCUCUACCUCGCGCGCUCUCUCUACCUCGCGCUCGCUCCCUCUACCUCACGCUCGCUCUCUCUACCUCGCGCUCGCUCCCUCUACCUCGCGCUCGCUCUCUCUACCUCGCGCUCGCUCUCUCUACCUCGCGCUCGCUCUCUCUACCUCGCGCUCGCUCUCUCUACCUCGCGCUCGCUCUCUCUACCUCGCGCUCGCUCUCUCUACCUCGCGCUCGCUCUCUCUACCUCGCGCUCGCUCUCUCUACCUCGCGCUCGCUCUCUCUACCUCGCUCUCUCUACCUCGCGCUCGCUCUCUCUACCUCGCGCUCGCUCUCUCUACCUCGCGCUCGCUCUCUCUACCUCGCGCUCACUCUCUCUACCUUGCGCGCUCUCUACCUCGCACGCUCUACCUCUCUCUCACUUCCCCUCUCUCUACCUCUUACUCACGACCCCUCUCUCUACGCCUCUCUUUACCGCUACCUCUCUCUACCUCUACCUCUCUCUCACUACCCCUUCUCUCUCUUCUCUCUCUACCUCUCUCUCUCACUACCUCGCGCUCUCUACCUCACUCUCUCUCUACCUCGCUCUCUACCUCACUCUCUCUACCUCUCUCAUUCUGCUAUUUCUCUGUUUCUCUCUGUGUUCUCUCUCUGUGUUCUCUCUACCUCUAUACCUCUUUCUCUCUCUACCUUGCUCUACCUCUGUACCUCUUUCUCUCUCUCUACCCCUCUCUCUCUCGCUCUCUACCCUCUCGCUACAGGUCAACACGUUACAGAACUGGCUGGCUGAGUUUAACCUCUGGGUCCCUUCCUCUGAGGCAUUACCUGCGGACAUCAACCCCGCCCACUUCUCCCCGCGCAGCUUCAAGGUCCACAUCCUGAAUGACGAGCACAAGUGAGUUUCCCGUCCUCUCUGGGAACAGGGAUAUCCCACUCCCUCCCCUUUAAAAGCUGAAGCCUUUUAGCCUUGAUCAUGGUUUGUGUUUGUGAGUGACUAGAGAUGACUCACUCCCACUCUGAGAUAUUCAUCACAGCUCUUUCUCGCUCUGCUUCUAUCACACAACUGCCAGGAUCUGUCUCUAAAAAUAAAUAUAUGGACACUACCAGUCAAAAGUUUGGACACACCUGCUGAUUCAAGUGUUUUUUUUUUUUUUUUUGACAAUUUUUUACAUUGUAGAAUAAUAGUGAAAACAUCAAAACUAUGAAAUAACACAAAUGGAAUCAUGUAGUCACCAAAAAAGUUUUAAACAAAUCUAAAUAUAUUUGAGAUUCUUCAAAGUAGCCACCCUUUGCCUUGAUGACAGCUUUGCACACUCUUGGCAUUCUCUCAACUAGCUUCAUGAAGUAGUCACCUGGAUUACAUUUCAAUUAACAGGUGUGCCUUCUUAAAAGUUAAUUUGUGGAAUUUAUUCCUUCUUAAUGCGUUUGAGCCAAUCAGUUGUGUUGUGACAAGGUAGGGGGCUAUACAGAAGAUGGCCCUAUUUGGUAAAAGACCAAGUCCAUAUUAUGGCAAGAACAGCUCAAAUAAGCAAAGAGAAACGACAGUCCAUCAUUACUUUUAAGACAUGAAGGUCAGUCAAUCUGGAAAAUGUGAAGAACUUAGAAAGUUUCUUCAAGUGCAGUCACAAAAACCAUCAAGCGCUAUGAUGAAACUGGCUCUCAUGAGGACCACGACAGGAAAGGAAGACCCAGAGUUACCUCUGCUGCAGAGAAUAAGUUCAUUAGAGUUACAGUUGAAGUCGUAAGUUUACAUACACCUUAGCCAAAUACAUUUCAACUCAGUUUUUCACAAUUCCUGACAUUUAAUCCUAGUAAAAAUGCCCUGUCUUAGGUCAGUUAGAUCACCACUUUAUUUUAAGAAUGUGAAAUGUCAGAAUAAUAGUAGAGAGAGAAGGCCUCCUUGCUCGCACACGCCUUUUCAGUUCUGCCCACACAUUUUCUAUAGGAUUGAGGUCAGGGCUUUGUGAUGGCCACUCCAAUACCUUGACUUUGUUGUCCUUAAGCCAUUUUGCCACAACUUUGGAAGUAUGCUUGGGGUCAUUGUCCAUUUGGAAGACCCAUUUGCGACCAAGCUUUAACUUCCUGACUGAUGUCUUGAGAUGUUGCUUCAAUAUAUCCACAUAAUAUUCCUUCCUCAUGAUGCCAUCUAUUUUGUGAAGUGCACCAGUCCCUCCUGCAGCAAAGCACCCCCACAGCAAGAUGCUGCCACCCCUUGCUUUACAGUUGGGAUGGUGUUCUUCGGCUUGCAAGCGACCCCCUUUUUCCUCCAAACAUAACGAUGGUCAUUAUGGCCAAACAGUUCUAUAUUUGUUUCAUCAGACCAGAGGACAUUUCUCCAAAAAGUACGAUCUUUGUCCCCAUGUGCAGUGGCAACCGUAGUCUGGCUUUUUUAUGGCGGUUUUGGAGCAGUGGCUUCUUCCUUGCUGAGCGGCCUUUCAGGUUAUGUCGAUAUAGGACUCGUUUUACUGUGGAUAUAGAUACUUUUGUACCUGUUUCCUCCAGCAUCUUCACAAGGUCCUUUGCUGCUGUUCUGGGAUUGAUUUGCACUUUUCGCACCAAAGUACGUUCAUCUCUAGUAGACAGAACGUGUCUCCUUCCUGAGCGGUAUGACAUCUGUGUGGUCCCAUGGUGUUGCGUACUAUUGUUUGUACAGAUGAACGUGGUACCUUCAGGCGUUUGGAAAUUGCUCCCAAGGAUGAACCAGACUUGUGGAGGGCUACAAUUUGUUUUAUGAGGUCUUGGCUGAUUUCUUUUGAUUUUCCCAUGAUGUCAAGCAAAGAGGCACUGAAUUUGAAGGUAGGCCUUGAAAUACAUCCACAGGUACACCUCCAAUUGACUCAAAUGAUGUCAAUUAGCCUAUCAGAACCUUCUAAAGCCAAGACAUCGUUUUCUGGAAUUUUCCAAGCUGUUUAAAGGCACAGUCAACUUAGUGUUUGGAAACUUCUGACCCACUGGAAUUGUGAUACAGUGAAUUAUAAGUGAAAUAAUCUGUCUGUAAACAAUUGUUGGAAAAAAUGACUUGUGUCAUGCACAAAGUAGAUGUCCUAACCGUCUUGCCAAAACUUUGUUAACAAUACAUUUGUGGAGUGGUUGAAAAACAAGUUUUAAUGACUCCAACCUAAGUGUAUGUAAACUUCCGACUUCAACUGUACCUUUGUUCUUCACAGAGUUCAAGUCACCGAUACAUCUCAACAUCAACUGUUCAGAGGGGACUGUGUGAAUCAGGCCUUCAUGGUCGAAUUGCUACAAAGAAACCACUACUAAAGGACACCAAUAAUAAGAAGAGACCUUCUUGGGCCAAGAAACACAAGUAAUGGACAUUACACCGGUGGAAAUGUGUCCUUUGGUCUGGAGUCCAAAUUUGAGAUUUUUGGUUCCAGCCGCCGUGUCUUUGUGAGACGCGGUGUGGGAGAACAUAUGAUCUCCUCAUGUGUAUUUCCCACCGUAAAGCAUGGAGGAGGUGGUGUUAUGGUGUGGGGGUGCUUUGCUGGUGACACUGUCUGUGAUUUAUUUAGAAUUCAAGGCACACUUAACCAGCAUGGCUACCACAUCAUUCUACAGCGAUACGCCAUCCCAUCUGGUUUGGGUUUAGUGGGACUAUCAUUUGUUUUUCAACAGUACAAUGACCCAACACACCUCCAGGCUAUGUAAGGGCUAUUUGACCAAGAAGGAGAGUGAUGGAGUGCUGCAUCAGAUGACAUGGCCUCCACAAUCCCCUGACCUCAACCCAAUUGAGAUGGUUUGGGAUGAGUCGGACCACAGAGGGAAGGAAAAGCAGCCAACAAGUGCUCAGCAUAUGUGGGAACUCCUUCAAGACGGUUGGAAAAGCAUUCCAGGUGAAGCUAGUUGAGCGAAUGCCAAGAGUGUGCAAAGUUGUCAUCAAGGCAAAGGGUGGCUAUUUGAAGAAUCUCAAAUAUAAAAUUCUACAAUGUAGAAAAUAGUAAAAAUAAAGAAAAACCCUUGAAUGAGUAGGUGUGUCCAAACUUUUGACCGGUACUGUAUGUACAAAUAUGACUCGCCCAGGUGUGUAACUACUUGAAGUACUUAAGGUAUUUAAAGUACAUCAAGUAUCAAGACCUUUAGCACGAAGGUUUCAUUAUAUCUUAAUCAAACCUUCUUGCUAAAGGUCUUGAUACUUGAUGUACUUUAAAUGCCUGUACUAUUAUGCGUGUAACAUUGUCACUGAUGUGCCAUCUCUCUUUCCCUCUCGUCGCUCUCUUCCCUCAUCUCUUUCAGAACCACUGCCACCAGAGCGAAGGUGAUCUAUGACUGGUCGCGGGAUGGCGGCGUGCUCCUGAUGGGUUAUGAGAUGUACCGCCUGCUGUCCCUGAAGAAGAGCUUUGUGGCGGGCCGGAAGAAGAAGUCCAAGAAGCCCCAAGGACCAGUGGUCAUUGACCUGGACAAAGAGGACCGGCAGCAGGAGCUCCUCAAAGGUCAGUAGGUCAAAAAGGUCACCUCAGAGUGACACCUGUCAAUCGACACUGUUAUGUCAGUCAUGGCCUGAACUUUUCAGAGUUUUCAAACCAGACGCUUAUGGCGUGAAACCAAGGUCAUCUGCACAUAUGGAUUUUGAGAGCUCUAAUGUUUAACCUUUUGUUAGAACCCAUGUUAGAUAACACUUUGUUAGAUAUUUUUCAUGUGCUCCAGGAUGUGUGCAUGAGUGCAUGGGUUUCCAGUUACCCAGUCACGACAUCACUUUAGUAUGACUCCAUCAUGAGUGACUCCGAUAACAUGAGUCACUUAGAUUAAUGGAACAUAAAGUAAAUGCUUGGAUCAGUCCUACAUACACAUCUUACCUUCAGGGCUACCAUUGUUCCUGAAAUAACUCUAACUUGACAUCCCUCUACCCUCCUGAAGACAUAGAGAAGGCCCUGUCUCUCCCCGGCCCGGACGUGGUGAUCUGUGACGAGGGCCACCGCAUUAAGAACUGCCACGCCAGCACCUCGCAGGCCCUGAAGAACAUCCGUACACGGAGACGCGUGGUCCUCACAGGAUACCCACUCCAGAACAACCUGAUAGAGUACUGGUGCAUGGUGGACUUUGUCAGGCCUGAUUUCCUGGGUACCAGGCAGGAGUUUAGUAACAUGUUUGAGAGGCCCAUUCUGAACGGGCAGUGUGUGGACAGCACGCCUCAGGACGUCCGGUUGAUGAGAUACCGAAGUCAUGUCCUUCAUAGCCUGCUGGAAGGCUUCGUCCAGAGGUGAGAAUGAGAGCUGGUUAUAACCCACAUGAACUGUUGCUACUACAGUAUUCUCUGUAUACUUUAUAGGCCAGUUUCCCUCUCUCAGAUUAAGUCUUAAGCUUACUUUAUUGGUCAAUUGCAAACAAGGUCCAACCGAAAUUUGACUUCUGCUUUUACCCAACCCCUCCGUAAACACACAUGCAUAAAUACACAUACAGGUUUUUUUGUAGAGGUGCGGGGGGGCUGCCACACUCGGCGCCUGCGGAGCUGUUGUUGUGGGGGGUUAAGUGCCUUGCUCAAGGACACAACGGCAGGCAAUGGGAUCUAGGAUUUUGAUACCAGCAACCCUCUGGUUGCCAGCUCACUACCCGCCAGAUUAUUCCCGUCUGACCCGGAAUUUGAACUGUCAACCAUCCAGUUGCUGGCUCGCCUCCAUAACCGCUAGCCUACCUGCUGCCCCAGUUGAAUUCCUGGACUAAAAAGUACUUUAAAUGGAGAUUCUAGUUUUGUUUGUUCAUGAAUGUAGAAGAGAUCUGUAUGGAAAAGAUAUUUGUGGUCUAACUCUGGUUGUGUUGUGGUUGUGUUUGUUCCCAGGCGUGGCCAUGACGUGCUGAAAGACCAGCUCCCCUCCAAGGACGAGCAUGUGAUCAUGGUGCGCCUGUCGCCCCUGCAGAGGGCCCUCUACACAGAGUUCAUGAACCGCUUCAGAGAGGCAGGCAACAGCGGCUGGCUCAGCCUCAACCCACUCAAGGCCUUCUGCGUCUGCUGCAAGGUAUGCAUGCCUGCCUGUCUGUGUCUGUUUUGGCAUACACAGGAGUAAAAUAAAUGUGUGCAAUUGGAAAGUGUUCAGACCCCUUGACUCUUUCCACAUUUUGUUUUACGUUACAGCCUUAUUCUAAAAUCUACACACAAUACCCUAUAAUGACAAAGAAAAAAACAGGUUUCUAGAAAUGUUUGCAAAUGUAUUACAAAUAAAAAACAGAUACAGUAUUCAGACCCUUUGCUAUGAGACUUGAGAUUAAGCUCAGGUGCAUCCUGUUUCCAUUGAUCAUCCUUGAGAUGUUUCUACAACUUGAUUGGUGUCCACCUGUGGUAAAUUCAAUUGAUUGGACAUGAUUUGGAAAGGCACACACCUGUCUAUAUAAGGUCCCACAGUUGACAGUGCAUGUCAGAGCAACAAACCAAGACAUGAGGUCGAAGGAAUUGUCCGUACGUAGAGCUCCGAGACAGGAUUGUGUCGAGGCACAGAUCUGGGGAAGGGUAGCAAAAAAUGUCUAAAGCUUUGAAGGUCCCCAAGAACACAGUGGCCUCCGUCAUUCUUAAAUGGAAGAAGUUUGUAAGCACCAAGACUCUUCCUAGAGCUGGCCGCCCGGCCAAACUGAGCAAUCGGGGGAGAAGGGCUGUGGUCAGGGAGGUGACCAAUAACCCAAUGGUCACUCUGACAGAGCUCCAGAGUUCCUCUGUGGAGAUGGGAGAACCUUCCAGAAGGACAACCAUCUCUGCAGCACUCCAACAAUCAGGCCUUUAUGGUAGAGUGGCCAGACGGAAGCCACUCCUCAGUAAAACAGCCCGCUUGGAGUUUGCCAAAAGGCACCUAAAGGACUCUCAGACCAUGAGAAACAAGAUUAUCUGGUCUGAUCAAACCAAGAUUGAACUCUUUGGCCUGAAUGCCAAGCGUCAUGUCUGGAGGAAACCUGGCACCAUCCCUACGGUGAAGCAUGGUGGUGGCAGCAUCAUGCUGUGGGGAUGUUUUUCAGCAGCAGGGACUGGGAGACUAGUCAGGAUAGAGGGAAGAAUGAGCGGAGCAAAGUACAGAGAGAUCCUUGAUGAAAACCUGCUCCAGAGUGCUCAGGACCUCAGACAGGGGCGAAGGUUCACCUUCCAACAGGACAACGACCCUAAGCAAACAGCCAAGACAACGCAGGAGUGGCUUCGGGACAAGUCUCUGAAUGUCCUUGAGUGGCCCAGCCAGAGCCCGGACAUGAACCCGAUCGAAUAUCUCUGAAAAUAGCUGUGCAGCGACGCUCCCCAUCCAACCUGACAGAGCUUGAGAGGAUCUGCAGAGAAGAAUGGGAGAAACUCCACAAAUACAGGUGUGCCACGCUUGUAGCGUCAUACCCAAGAAGACUCGAGGCUGUAAUCGCUGCCAAAGGUGCUUCAACAAAGUACUGAGUAAAGGAUCUGAAUACUUAUGUAAAUGUAAUAUUUCAGUUUGAAAUUUUUAAUACAUUUGCAAAAAAAUUAAAAACCUGUUUUUGCUUUGUCAUUAUGGGGUAUUGUGUAUAGAUUGAUGAGGGGGAAAUUUCCAUUUUAGAAUAAGGCUGUAACGUAACAAAAUGUGGAAAAAGUCAAGUGGUCUGAAUACUUUCCGAAUGCACUGUAUAUCACAUGCUGUGUACAUGUCCACAUUUCAUUCAGACGUCAUCCUAAUGUUGUAAAAAUGUCUUCCUCUACCAGAUCUGGAACCACCCAGACGUGCUGUACGAGGCGCUGCAGAAGGAGAAUCUGGCCAAUGAGCAGGACCUGGACCUGGAUGACAUCACCAACGGCCACGCCCGCUACCCCGCCCCCAACCAGAAGGGCAAGACCCCGGAGGACCCCAACAGCAUCGGAGGGCUGAGUCUCAACGCUCUGCAGGAGAAGGCCAACCAGGUCAUCACCUACGAAUGGGUACACAACCACACUUCACUACCUUGUUUUUUGGUUUUCCAUUCAGUUUAAGUGGCAGGGGGUUGAGUCAUCAUGGAUAUAUGACGGUUGGAAAACAAUUUGAGGACUGCUCAUUUAGAACGGAUACUGUCAUAGGUUUCAGUGAAAACAGGUUAUUAGCCUAAACUGUGCACUACAAUUACACUACUGUUCUGACUGUUAUCUCAUCGCCUCCUCUCUCUCUCUCUCGCUCGCUCUCAGGCGAAGGAGAUCAUGUCUGACUAUAAACCCGGGCUCUUGGAGAACUCUGCUAAGAUGGUCCUGCUGUUCCACCUAAUCGACCAGAGUGUGAGGAAGGGAGACAAGAUCCUGGUCUUCAGGUAGAAACAGGAACAGGCCCUCAGUUCACUGUUUUGAUCUUAAAUUUUUACACGUUUUCUUUUCAGUUCCUUUAAAACAAUUGUUGCAACGCAACAUAUUCUCGAAGACUAUGGCUCGAAGCACAGAUAGACAGACAAACUUCUGAAAUGGUUGAAUUAGUUUGACUGUAAUUUCCAAGGACCCCUCCUCACCGUAUCCCUCCCUCCACUGUCUCUCGUGCAGCCAGAGUUUGUCCACCCUGUCGGUCAUUGAGGAGUUCCUGGCCAAGAGGGCCAUACCGGCGGGCAGCGCCAGAGAGGGCCACAACCAAAACUGGGUCCGCAACCACAACUACUACAGUAAGUGUCCCUGUUCCCAUGACAACCACCGCUGUCACCACGUCGCUGUGACUCCGUUUGUCCUGUGGUGUCUUUUACUGAAGCUAUACAAACUUAUUCAGCCUCCCCAAUCCCAUGCUGCCACUUUUCCCAUUGACUUACAUUGACUAUCGCCACCUGCUGGGGAUAUUGAUAUCUCUCCAUCAUUCUGCGUAUGAAGCCUGUGGGUAAAAAAUGGUUGUUCCUGUGUGUUGGAGAAAGGGAUUUAAUCUUUUGUUUAUUGUUCCUCUCCUUAGGACUGGAUGGGAGCACAUCUGCUUCAGAGAGGGAGAAACUCAUCAACCAGUUCAACGACCCGUCCAACACCUCCGUCUUGAUCUUUCUGCUGUCCACCAGGUAAAAGACCUUCACAGGAUCACACUGGUAGAAUCAUUAUAAUUUGUAUGUAAUCAUACUUAUGUAUAGCCACACUAGUAACCACACUAGUUACAAUAAAAAUUAAAUAAAAAAAUAAAAAAAAUACAUACUUACAGUUGAAGUCGGAAAUGUACAUACACUUACGUUGGCGUCAUUAAAACUCGUUUUUCAACCACUCCACAAAUUUCUUGUUAACAAACUGUAGUUUUGGCAAGUCGGUUAGGACAUCUACUUUGUGCAUACACAAGUAAUUUUUCCAACAUUUGUUUACAGACAGAUUAUUUCACUUAUAAUUCACUGUAUCACAAUUCCAGUGUGUCAGAAGUUUACAUACACUAAGUUGACUGUGCCUUUAAACAGCUUGGAAAAUUCCAGAAAAUGAUGUCAUGGCUUUAGAAGCUUCUGAUAGGCUAAUUGACAUCCUUUCAGUCAAUUGGAAGUGUACCCGUGGAUGUAUUUCAAGGCUUACCUUCAAACUGUACAUACAGUUGAAGUCGGAAGUUUACAUUCACCUUAGACAAAUACAUUUAAACUCAGUUUUUCACAAUUCCUGACAUUUAAUCCUAGUAAAAAUUCCCUGUCUUAGGUCAGUUAGGAUCACCACUUUAUUUUAAGAAUGUGAAAUGUCAGAAUAAUAGUAGAGAGAAUGAUUUAUUUCAGCUUUUAUUUCUUUAGUCACAUUCCCAGUGGGUCAGAAGUUUACAUGCACUCAAUUAGUAUUUGGUAGCAUUGCCUUUUAAAUUGUUUAACUUGGGUCAAACGUAUCGGGUAGCCUUCCACAAGCUUCCCACAAUAAGUUGGGUGAAUUUUGGCCCAUUCCUGCUGACAGAGCUGGUAUAACUGAGUCAGGUUUGUAGGCCUCCUUGCUCGCACACGCUUUUUCAGUUCUGCCCACACAUUUUCUAUAGGAUUGAGGUCAGGGCUUUGUGAUGGCCACUCCAAUACCUUGACUUUGUUGUCCUUAAGCCAUUUUGCCACAACUUUGGAAGUAUGCUUGGGGUCAUUGUCCAUUUGGAAGACCCAUUUGCGACCAAGCUUUAACUUCCUGACUGAUGUCUUGAGAUGUUGCUUCAAUAUAUCCACAUAAUUUUCCUUCCUCAUGAUGCCAUCUAUUUUGUGAAGUGCACCAGUCCCUCCUGCAGCAAAGCACCCCCACAGCAUGAUGCUGCCACCCCCGUGCUUCACGGUUGGGAUGGUGUUCUUCGGCUUGCAAGCAACCACCUUUUUCCUCCAAACAUAAAGAUGAUCAUUAUGGCCAAACAGUUCUAUUUUUGUUUCAUCAGACCAGAGGACAUUUCUCCAAAAAGUAAGAUCUUUUUUUUCUCCAUGUGCAGUUGCAAACCGUAGUCUGGCUUAUUUAUGGCGGUUUUGGAGCAGUGGCUUCUUCCUUGCUGAGUGGCCUUUCAGGUUAUGUCGAUAUAGGCCUCGUUUUACAGUGGAUAUAGAUACUUUUGUACCUGUUUCCUCCAGCAUCUUCACAAGGUCUUUUGCUGUUGUUCUGAGAUUGAUUUGCACUUUUCGCACCAAAGUACGUUCAUCUCUAGGAGACAGAACGCGUCUCCUUCCUGAGCGGUAUGACGGCUGUGUGGUCCCAUGGUGUUGCGUACUAUUGUUUGUACAGAUGAACGUGGUACCUUCAGGCGUUUGGAAAUUGCUCCCAAGGAUGAACCAGACUUGUGGAGGGCUACAAUUUGUUUGCUGAGGUCUUGGCUGAUUUCUUUUGAUUUUCCCAUGAUGUCAUGCAAAGAGGCACUGAGUUUGAAGGUAGGCCUUGAAAUACAUCCACAGGUACCCCUCCAAUUGACUCAAAUGAUGUCAAUUAGCCUAUCAGAAACUUCUAAAGCCAAGACAUCAUUUUCUGGAAUUGUACAAGCUGUUUAAAGGCACAGUCAACUUAGUGUAUGUAAACUUCUGACACACUGGAAUUGUGAUACAGUGAAUUAUAAGUGAAAUAAUCUGUCUGUAAACAAUUGUUGGAAAAAUUACUUGUGUCAUGCACAAAGUAGAUGUCCUAACCGACUUACCAAAACUAUAGUUUGUUAACAAGAAAUGUGUGGAGUGGUUGAAAAACGAGUUUUAAUGACUCCAACCUAAGUGUAUGUAAAAUUCAGACUUAACUGUACAUACAUACAUACAUACAUACACACACCACACACACACACACACACAUAUCAGGUCAGUGACGUGUGCUUCUCCCCAUCCUCAGGGCUGGCUGUCUGGGGGUGAACCUGAUAGGGGCUAACCGCGUGGUGGUGUUCGAUGCCUCCUGGAACCCUUGUCACGACGCCCAGGCCGUAUGUCGAGUGUACCGCUACGGCCAGAAGAAACCCUGCCACAUCUACCGCCUGGUCUGUGACUUCACCCUGGAGAAGAAGAUCUACGACCGACAGAUCUCCAAGCAGGGCAUGUCCGGUGAGUAACCAGCUAACCAAACAAACACAGAAUAGGAUGAAAUAAAAUAGAAUGGAUACUGACUACAUACAGACUACACUCCGGCCUACCAAGACACCUCUGCUUCCUCCAGCCAUGUCUACUAGGCCUACUAUUACAUGGACAUCUGCUAUUAGUAUUUUGAAUCUACUCUUACCACAAGCCUACCCUGUUAAGUGCACUUCAUCCGGCCCAGUCCACUUCACUAGAAUGCAAAACAGUGUGUGUGCUGUGAAGUGCAGCAGUCCUCUGAACGGUCAGACCCUGUGAAGUCAGACUAAGUGCAUUCCUACUCCUACUUCAUGUGCACCACGGCCAAAGUGCUUUGACAUAGUUUGCCGUUGUUUGGCUCAGUUGCUAGAGCAUGGCGCUUGCAACGUCAAGGUUGUGGGUUUGAUUCACACGGGGGACCAGUACGAAAAAAGCAGGUAUAUGUAUUUGUAAGUCGCUCUGGAUAAAAGCGUCUGCUAAAUGACUAAAAUGUAAAAAUGUAAAUGUCACACAUAUUGGUCCGCUCCAAUUUCAGCUAUGCUGUAUACACAAAAAGGGAAGGCCCACACUCUUAGAAUUGAGUUGAAAAAUAAAAUAGACAUGGCCAGGGUAUGCUGUAUGCCACGUUUCAUGUCACACGCAGAGACCUUUUCAUGUAGCUGUUGAUGGCCCUAGACACACAGUGUAACCCCCUCUCUUCACACCAUCCCUCUCUCUUUUCUGAAGACCGAGUGGUGGAUGACCUGAACCCGGUGCUGUCGUUCACGCGGAGGGAGGUGGAGUCUCUGCUGCACUUUGUGGAGGAGGAGCCUGACGUGUCACAGGUGCAACUACAGCCCCACCAGGAGAUGGAGACGGGCAUCAGACAGGCCUGCCAGCUCUACCCUCACCUCGUCACCAAGGUAACCACACACCUAUAUACACAUCUAUAAACACACACUACAUCACAGGCCUGUCAGCUCUACCCUCACCUCGUCACCAAGGUAACCACACACCUAUAUACACAUCUAUAAACACACACUACAUCACAGGCCUGUCAGCUCUACCCUCACCUCGUCACCAAGGUAACCACACACCUAUAUACACACACUACAUCACAGGCCUGUCAGCUCUACCCUCACCUCGUCACCAAGGUAUAUACAGUACCAGUCAAAAGUUUGGACACCUACUCAUUCCAGGGUUUUUCUUUAUUUUUACUAUUUUCUACAUUGUAUUUUCUACAAACUAUGAAAUAACACAUAUGGAAUCAUGUAGUAACCAAAAAAGUGUUAAACAAAUGAAAAUAUAUUUUAUAUUUGAGAUUCUUCAAAUAGCCACCCUUUGCCUUGAUGACAGCUUUGCACACUCUUGGCAUUCUCUCAACCAGCUUCACCUGGAAUGCUUUUCCAACAGUCUUGAAGGAGUUCCCACAUAUACUGAGCACUUGUUGGCUGCUUUUCCUUCCCUCUGUGAUCCAACUCAUCCCAAACCAUCUCAAUUGGGUUGAGGUCAGGGGAUUGUGGAGGCCAGGUCAUCUGAUGCAGCACUCCAUCACCCUCCUUCUUGGUAAAAUAGCCCUUACACAGCCUGGAGGUGUGUUGGGUCAUUGUACUGUUGAAAAACAAAUGAUAGUCCCACUAAGCCCAAACCAGAUAGGAUGGCGUAUCGCUGCAGAAUGCUGUGGUAGCCAUCCUGGUUAAGUUGACUUCUAAAUAAAUCAUAGACAGUGUCACCAGCAAAGCACCCCCACACCAUAACACCUCCUCCUCCAUGCUUUACGGUGGGAAAUACACAUGCGGAGAUCAUCCGUUCACCCACACCGCGUCUCACAAAGACACAGCGGAAUGUAAAAUCUCAAAUUUGGAAUCCAGAUCAAAGGACUAAUGUCCAUUGCUCGUGUUUCUUGGCCCAAGUAAGUCUCUUCUUCUUAUUGGUGUCCUUUAGUAGUGGUUUCUUUGCAGCAAUUCGACCAUGGAGGCCUGAUUCACACAGUCUCCUCUGACCAGUUGAUUUGAGAUGUGUCUGUUACUUCAACUCUGUGAAGCAUUUAUUUGGGCUGCAAUUUCUUAGGCUGGUAACUCUAAUGAACUUAUCCUCUGCAGCAGAGGUAACUCUGGGUCUUCCUUUCCUGUGGCGGUCCUCAUGAGAGCCAGUUUCAUCAUAGCACUUGAUGGUUUUUGUGACUGCACUUGAAGAAACAAAGUUCUUGAAAUGUUCUGUAUUGACUGACCUUCAUGUCAUAAAGUAAUGAUGGACUGUUGUUUCUCUUUGCUUAUUUGAGCUGUCCUUGCCAUAAUAUGGACUUGGUCUUUUACCAAAUAGGGUUAUCUUCUCUAUACCCCCCCUACCUUGUCACAACACAACUGUUUGGCUCAAACGCAUUAAGAAGGAAAGAAAUUCCACAAAUUAACUUUUAAGAAGGCACACCUGUUAAUUGAAAUGCAUUCCAGGUGACUACCUCAUGAAGCUGGUUGAGAGAAUGCCAAGAGUGUGCAAAGCUGUCAUCAAGGCAAAGGGUGGCUAUUUGAAGAAUCUCAAAUAUAAAAUAUAUUUUGAUUUGUUUAACACUUUUUUGGUUACUACAUCAUUCCGUAUGUAUUAUUUCAUAGUUUUGAUGUCUUCACUAUUAUUCUACAAUGUAAAAAAUAGUGAAAAUAAAGAAAAACUCUUGAAUGAGUAGGUGUGUCCAAACGUUUGACUGGUAGAGUACAUGUCUAUAUGCACACCAUACUGUAUUAUACACUCUACCCACACCUGGUUACCAAGGUUAGACCUAUACUAGAUGUACAGUAUGAUGUGUGUAUAUAGAUAUGUACAUCUAUACUGUCUACUCCUUGGCUGUAUGAAAGUUGAUACUCAUCCACAUGAUACAUACACCUAGCUCACUGAAUCAUGGACAGACUCUGUUUCAACCCAUCAUUUCCACAUUGAACUCUCACUCUCAUCAACAUGCCACUUUAUUAACAGUUCUAUCCAGAAUUAUAACCUACAUGACGGCAUAUUAUACUUGGAGAGUAGUUUGAGUGAAAUUGCUCUCUAUGUCUGUCUCUCCAGCAACCCUUUCACCACGAGUCUCUCCUGGUGGACCGACGGGAGAUGAAACUCACCAAAGCCGAGAAGAAGGCCGCCAAGAAAGCUACGAGGAUGAGAAGCGUGCGUCGGUGCCCUACACACGCCCCUCUUACGCCCACUAUUACCCCGCCAGCGACCAGAGCCUUACAAACAUCCCUGCCUUCAGCCAGCGCAACUGGUGAGAUGGUCCCCAAAGACAGACACGAUUUUAGUUCCUGUUUUCACCAGAUCAGUAAAUUUUCUCAGUAACAAUACUACAAUUGCAAACAGUCAAUCAAUCAAAUGUGUUUUGUAAAGCCCCUUUUACAUCAGAUACCCAGACUAGCAAGCAAUGCAGAAGCAAAGUGGCUAGGAAAAACUCCCUAAAAGGAAGAAACCUAGAACAACAGGUUCGGGACAAGGUAGCACUCCCGGUUGAAUCAUUCGGUUCCACAGCUGAAGGCAGAACAGCACGACCAGGUGGGCUGGGGACUGCCAGGAAUCGUCAUGUCAGGGUGUCUCGAGGCAUGGUCCUAGGGAGACAUACAGAGAGAUGCCUAAUGUGACACCAAGUUUUGAAUUCCAAAGUUUAAACUGUUGAUAAAAUAUUUAACCCUCUCAUCUUUCCUCUCCCUUGCCCCCCUUCAGGCGCCCACCCCCUCGGCAAGAUGAGAAGCCGGUGGCCAGCGUCCGCCCCGUUCAGUCGACUCCAAUUCCCAUGAUGCCUCGCCAGGCAUCUCACAGCUCUGCCCCCAUAGCAGACUCAGACUCCAGCUCGGGCUUUCCCGUCAACUACCUGCAGAAGGCGGGCGUCUUCGUCCAGAAGAUCGUCACCACCACAGAUAUCGUGAUACCUGAAACCAACAGUUCAACUGAUGUCAAGGCCAGGAUCAGUGCAGGAGAGAGCAUCCACAUCAUCAGAGGAACCAAAGGGACCUACAUCAGGACUUGUGAUGGGAGGAUAUUUGCCAUCCGCGCUGCAAGCAAGCCCAAGGCAGGGGAGGAGAACUCAGCCGCUGCACCCAAAGGUAGCAACUCAACCUUUAGUCAGUAUAGAUUCUACUCAUUUGGUCCAUAUAGAUCUGUUUUUAUCCAGUGCUGAUGGUUUCUGUUAGCGUAGAGAAGUAUCUGACCCGUCUGUCUUACCUUCCCUACCUCAGACACCCAGAAGGCAUCGGACGAGGCCUCCACCAACGGCUGUGUGACUCGCCCGCUCUCCCCCGACAGCCCUGAGAUCCUGAGUGAGCUCCAGAGGUACGCGGCUGCAACCAGAACCAAGGCCCAGCAUCAGCAGGGCUCCAAGGCUUUGUCUGCAGGUGCAGCGGCUCCACAGGAGAAGGCGCCGGCGGAGAGCACCAAUGGCAGCAGGAUGACCAGCCAUGCCAAGCCCUGGAGCGAUGCCUCCGCCACGGCCCAGCGCAGCACAGAUGCCAUUGCUGCCCUGGACCUGAGGGGCACCAAGCGCAAGGCCUCCACCCUGUCCACCGUCGAACGGGCCAAUAAAAAGCAGCCGGCCCCCAGCAAGCGCACCUCGGCCCAGGCUUUUCCCUUCACGACGGGUUAUGACCUCCCACCCAUGGGCCUCAACCAAGCCAUGCUGGGCUCCGUGGGGCACCCCAUAUUCUUGGGGGCCGGCUCUCCCUACUUCCAGCCCCACAGCCAGCGGAGUGACCACAGUCUCAUGUUCCCCAUGACUCCCGACCCCUUCGGCUUGGGGGGCGGCACCCUUUCUAGCUCCUCCUCCAGGUCUUCCUCCUCCACCACCACCUCCUCCUCCUCAGCUGCCUCUGACUCGGCCUCCCUAGCUCCCUUCAUGCUGGGUGCUGGUAUGGCUGGCAUGCUGCCCCCAGGCUUCCCCAUGUCCUACGGCCAGUCCCUGGGCAUGUACCCUAGCUUGCUGCUCCCCGGGGGGCUACCGGCGGCCACCCCAGGCCCCACUGGCUCCAGCUUCUUCUCCCACUUCCCCUCCUCCUCCGGCCUGAUGGGGGCGGGGCUGGGUCGCUCUGAUGCCCACGGCUCGGCAGAGAACGCCGGUGGUAGCAGCUCAGACAGCAACAACGACGAUGAUGAUGAUGAUGAUGAUGUUAUUGAGGUGAUGGGACAAUGA